CUGUAAAUGUAAGAAAUUCAGUCGUACAUGUUGAUGAAGAAGGCAAUGCACUUUCACCUGAGGAAGCUGAAAAUAUUAGAAAUUCAGUCGUCUAUGUUGAUGAAGAAGGCAAUGAACUUUCACCUGAAGAAGCUGAAAAUAUUAGAAAUUCAGUCGUCUAUCUGCUAGAAUUAAGAAACUCUUUAAAAAAAAUAGUAAAUAGUUGUAAUAAUUUAUAUUUACAUUAUUUUGUAUGGGUUAGUACUAGGGUAUCCAGAAAUACU